AUGAGUGUCAUAAAUACAAACAAUUACUUCGAGUCUAGAAAAGAAAAUUUCAUGUUAGUUAAUACAAAAGAUCUACAAAGAAAAACAGAAGAAUAUACAGUUAAAUUAAGAAAGACUAAGCGAACUGAAAGAUUUGAAAGAUUGCGCCUAAAUAUGAUAGAAAAGGUAAGUGAGGAAUUUUCUUUAAUAAAAGAUUUUUCAAGCCAAACAGCUGAAAAUAAGCUUUUACUGAUUUAUUCUUUUUUGAAUUAAAUUAAUGAGGAUUAUCAGUGCAAUACUUAAUUUGGUAAGAAAAAAAAAUUAUAAUAGGAAAAUUUAUAGAAAAAGGUAUACAACUUUUUAUAUGAAAACAAAGAAAUUGAUAAAAUUAAAGAUUGCUUAAAAGAAUUUGCAAAAAUUUUAAUACAAAAUAAGCUGGAUUUAAUAGAGCUGUAUAGAGAUGAUUAUGCAAACAUGCUUUGUGAUAUAUUAAACAAUGACCUUCCUGAUGAAAUUACAAGUAAAGCUGCAUGAAUUUUGUGUAUAUUUAUUUAUAAAAAUCCACUUACAGAGAAACUCGUGAAUUUUGGAGUCAUUGAGGCUCCAUGUCAAAUAACCGUUUAUUUUUGACAGUGCGGCAUUUCCUAUGUUCAAUUCGUUUGAAUAUGACAUUUGACAAGAAAAACCGUUAAAUUUAGGCCAUGUACUAAAAUUUUUCGACCAAAUUUUCUUCGAUUAAAUGUAGAGUACUAAAAGUACAUGAUCAUUGGACCUACACCCGUCAUUGACGCUCUUAUUGGUGCUAUUAAUGAAAAUAAGCCUCUAACAACAGAAAACUCUAUAUGCGCCUUAGCAAAUAUAUGUGGAGACAACGAAAAAUACAGACAUGAAAUCAGCAUAAAUUAUUCAUUCCACAGUUUAUUACAUAGGCUAUUACAAACAAUAAAUAUCAAUAAAAACACAAAUAUAGCAAAAACAAUUGCUUUUUGUAUUAGCAACCUAUGCAGAACCCACUCAGAAAUUCCAAUAGAAGCUUUGAAUAUUUUAUGAGAAAUGAUUAAUUUGUUAGGAAAUUCAAAUGAUAUAGAAAUUAUAUAUGAUAUAUUUUCAGCAUUAAGAUUUUUAAUUGACAAUCAGAAUCCUAAAUAUUUAAAUACAGCACUUGACGAAAAAAUUAUAAAAAAUUGUAUAGAAAAAUUUGAAAUAGAUAACCCAGACAUAAAAUUUGAGAUUUUAAAACUUAUUGCAAGCAUUUCUUUUUUGGAUAAAAAUGAAGAAUUAUUGAAACUUGGGGUAUUGGAUUUAUUAAUAAAGAUAAUAGCAAAUACAAACCAAAAUGCCCGAAGAUUAGUCCAAAAAAUAAUAAGCAAUUUAUUAUGUGACAAAAAAUGCAUUUUUCAGAUAAUUAAUCAUAAAAUUUUUGAAAAAGUGGCCUCUGGAUUAAUCGACCCUGAUAUUUUAACUCGGCUUGAAGCUAGCUAUUCGUUUCGGAAUAUUUCACAAGUCGCAAAUACUGAGCAGAUUCUAGCAAUUUGUAAUAAUGAUUAUUUUCUUUAUAUUAGUGAAGGAAUUAAAUCAGUUGAACCUAAAAUUGUUAUGAAUUUAUUAAAAUUUGUAAAAAGAGCUUUAAUAUGUGGCGAAGAAAUAGCAGAAAAUACAAGGUCAAAAGACAACAAAAUGUGUAUUUUACUAGACCAAACCAAAUGUUUAGACGCUAUGGAGCAUGCACAACAAUUUAUGACGCCUGAAGUAUACCAAUAUGUAAUAAACAUUUUUAAAGACUUUUUUGGCUUUGAAGAUGAAAAUUUAGAAAUUCAAUCGACCCCACAAAUUUUUGAAUUUUCUUAA